AUGGUGGCUCUAGCAAUUGGUGAGCAAAUUUCCAGCGAGGAGCAGUAUAUUGCCAACAUUCUGAUUUCCAUUAUUUGCCUUUAUGGAGAUGAUGGAUUGCCUUUGGAAAUUGUGGAUAGAGAAUUUGAAAACUACUGCGGAUUUCCCAUUCCUUGGAAGCAGUUUGGGGCCAACAGCUUGAAAUCAUGGCUAAUAACUCUACCGCGAAUUUAUGUUGUGUACGAUUAUUUUAAUAGGGAAGUAUUGAUUGAGCAAAGCCCAAAAUCUUUGCACAUCAAAAAUUUGAUAAAAAAUCAAAAACGCCAUCAACCUCAGCCAAAUAUGGGCUAUAAUGAUGAUCAGUGGCAUGUAAACGACCAUCAAACAAUUACAAGUACAAAUUUCCUACAUCUCUCAAUAGAAAAUGUACAACAAGAUGCGAAUAGAUACAAGAAUUAUGCACAAUUGGAAUCCAUGCUCCCUUUAUUUUACCGACAUCAAGCUCUCGGAGAUGAUUUUUUUGUGGAUAUUGCCGAUACUAAAAUGGGUUACUACAUUCCAGAAAAUGGUCCUAAACAAAUUGGAUUGUGCGUGGCUGGGCAAACGAUCGCAGGCCUCACAGAAAGAGUUAAGAGCGCAGAUCAUAUAGCUCCAAGGGUAGUAGUAAUGAUUGGAUAUCAGGAUUUGAUUAAUGACCAAAGUAUCAACUCCAUGGUCACAGAUUUGAGGCAACUCGUUGUAGAAUUGAAGAAAAGACAAACUCGCAUCACGCUCGUUACUUUGGCACCAUCACCUAAACUACCCAAUGUACCAAGAUUUCAUUGGAGGAUGGACAUAUUCAAUAGGGCAAUCCUAGAUUACUCUAAUGAUCCAAUUCUCGCGUGUAAUGUUAUCGAUAUGGAAGCUAUUUUCAAGAGGGAAAUUUCUAGAAGGGGAUCCGAGAAGUUUACACGGGUUGCUAGGAAUGAUAAAUACAAAGUAUUUUCGGAUUAUGGAAAGAAGAUCUUCCUAACCGCUUUGAAAGCCUGCCUCAGGGAACAACUGGGAUAUGAAAUUUAAGGAAAAGCACCCAUGCUAAUUCCAUACCUCCAGAAAAUAAUUUUUAUUGGCUAGUUUCACUAGUUGAUAUAAAAUUUCUUUUUCUAUGUAUUUGUGUAUUGUCUAUUUUAUUUGUAUAAUAAAUCAAAUCACUAUUGAGUAGUGUUAUGUUGUCUUAUUAUCUGUUAGUUGUUUGAAAGGAAACACCUGUGAUAUACUUUUAAGUUUAGUACCUACGAAUUUAUUUAGUAAUUUAGCAUACAAACUAUAUUUAAGGAUUUAUUGAUAUUGUAACUAUCAAUGAGAUGGAACGGAUGGAUUUUUGAAA